AUGACUUCCUCUUCUACCUCUCUCUCUCUCCGUUUCACAGCACCUCUCCCUUCAUCAAAACCCAGAAGAUCCGUCAUCGUCGCUGCUCAGACCACCGUUCCGGCGGAAUCCACCGCUUCUCCUUCCGUAGACGCGGAUCGGCUCGAGCCGAGAGUCGAAUUGAGAGAUGGGUUCUUCAUUCUCAAGGAGAAGUUUCGAAAAGGGAUCAAUCCUCAGGAGAAGGUUAAGAUCGAGAGAGAGCCGAUGAAGCUGUUCAUGGAGAAUGGGAUUGAAGAGCUCGCGAAGAAAUCUAUGGAAGAGAUCGAUAGCGAAAAGUCUUCAAAAGAAGAUAUUGAUGUUAGACUCAAGUGGCUUGGUUUGUUCCAUCGCAGGAAGCAUCAGUAUGGUAAGUUUAUGAUGAGGCUUAAGUUACCAAAUGGUGUGACCACAAGUGCACAGACUCGGUACUUAGCGAGUGUGAUCAGGAAGUAUGGUGAAGAUGGAUGUGCAGAUAUAACAACAAGACAGAACUGGCAGAUCCGUGGUGUUGUGUUACCUGAUGUGCCUGAGAUCUUGAAAGGUCUAGCUUCUGUUGGGUUAACGAGUCUCCAGAGUGGGAUGGAUAAUGUGAGGAACCCUGUUGGGAAUCCUUUAGCUGGGAUUGACCCGAAAGAGAUCGUCGACACAAGACCUUACACGAACCUCCUUUCGCAGUUUAUCACUGCGAAUUCCCGUGGAAACCCCGAUUUCACUAACUUGCCGAGGAAGUGGAAUGUGUGUGUGAUAGGGACUCAUGAUCUCUAUGAGCAUCCACACAUCAAUGAUCUAGCUUACAUGCCUGCGACUAAAGAUGGCAGGUUUGGAUUUAACUUGCUUGUGGGAGGUUUCUUUAGUCCCAAAAGAUGUGAAGAAGCUAUUCCUCUCGAUGCUUGGGUUCCCGCUGAUGAUGUUCUUCCGCUAUGCAAAGCUGUUCUUGAAGCCUACAGAGAUCUCGGAACUCGAGGAAACCGACAGAAAACAAGAAUGAUGUGGCUCAUCGACGAACUUGGCGUUGAAGGAUUCAGAGCUGAAGUAGAGAAGAGAAUGCCAAAUGGUAAACUCGAGAGAGGAUCUUCAGAGGAUCUUGUGAAUAAACAAUGGGAGAGGAGAGACUAUUUCGGAGUCCACCCACAGAAACAAGAAGGUCUUAGCUUCGUGGGCCUUCAUGUUCCGGUAGGUAGACUACAAGCUGAUGACAUGGACGAGCUUGCGCGGUUAGCUGACACAUACGGCUCAGGGGAGCUUAGACUCACUGUGGAGCAAAACAUCAUCAUACCGAAUGUAGAAACCUCAAAAACCGAAGCUUUGCUUCAAGAACCGUUUCUCAAGAACCGGUUCUCUCCCGAGCCAUCGAUCUUGAUGAAAGGUUUAGUCGCUUGUACCGGGAACCAGUUCUGCGGUCAAGCGAUAAUUGAAACCAAGCAAAGAGCUUUGAAAGUAGCAGAAGAAGUUGAGAGACUUGUGGCUGUGACUAAGCCUGUGAGGAUGCAUUGGACAGGAUGUCCCAACACUUGUGGACAGGUACAAGUGGCGGAUAUUGGAUUCAUGGGAUGCUUGACACGUGGCGAGAAUGGGAAGCCUGUGGAGGGUGCUGAUGUGUACGUUGGAGGAAGAAUAGGGAGUGACUCACAUUUGGGAGAGGUUUAUAAGAAAGGUGUUCGUGUUACGGAUUUGGUUCCAUUGGUGGCUGAGAUUCUUGUUAAAGAGUUUGGUGCUGUGCCUAGAGUGAGAGAAGAGAAUGAAGAUUGA